AUGCCUUCUAUUCGGUCUAAACGCAAGUCAUUACCAAUCAUCUUUGCAUUGGUUCUGGGCAUCUUACUUCUCAUAGCGGCUCCAGUUGCGGCAUCAUCAUCACAGCCUUCGCCCCAGGCAGGGUCAGGAAAUUCGGAUCUAAUCUGCCACACUUCCAAUCCCGAAGAGUGUUAUCCUCGAGUCUUUCAACCGACAGAUGAAUUCCAAACAGUCCGUGAUGACCAAGAACUACCGAGUGGACUCCAUGUUCGCUUGAACAUCUGGACAGGAGUCAAAGAGGCCAAGAUCAACGUACCCGACGAAACGAAUCCUGAUCUGGAAGGCCUACCCAUUGAUCAGGCCGUGGUGCUUGUCGACCAGGAGCAGCCCGAGACAGUCCAAGUGCCCAAGGGAGCACCAAAAUACGAUGCUGUUGGCAAGGUGAAGGAGCCGGCUCAAGGAGAAGGGGCACAGGUGGAGGCUAUUGCCUUUGCAGAGACGUUCAAAAUGCUCAAAAGUGGCAUUAUUCCAAGUGACGAAGAGUUUGACCAUGGUCUUGAAGGGCUAGAAGAACUAUCCCACGACAUCUACUACGGACUCAAAAUCACCGAAGAUGCAGACGUGGUAAAGGCACUGUUUUGCUUGAUGGGAUCUCGUGACGGCGAGACUCCCAAACAAGUCACUCCGCGAAGCCAACAAGCGGCUGCUAUUCUCGCCGGUGCCCUUUCCAACAAUCCUUCGGCGCUGAAAGAAGUGGCCAACAUCUGGGAACCGCUCAUGGAACAAUCGUGCCCUCGCGAUGGCACCCGCACCCACGACCUCUUCUACUACCCCAUUGCCUCGGUUGGCGAUUCCCCCGGAAAAGUCAAGGCUGUAGUUUCAGCCAUCAACGGCCUCAUCAAAGACGACAAGAUCAGGAAGGAUUUCCUCGCAAAUGACGGCAUGACGCAACUCCUGGGUGUCCUCGUUCCAGAAGGCGAGGAAUGGGCAGGGGCACAGAGAAAAGUCGGGCAGCUGGUGCUGGAUACCUUCUUGGACGAGGAUAUGGGCGCUCAGCUUGGCCAGUGGCCAAAGGGCCAGGCGUCGAGCAACGCAGUGUGUGAAACAGCAAAGACAGCCCUAGAUGACGGGUGCUGGGAUUACAACGUCGAGAGGAUGGUCAAGUUAAACAGGGGACCUUGGAGCAAAGAGCUGCGAACGAGGCUGUCCACAGCGCGCAAAUCGGCGGGCAAGGCGCCAAACCAUGGCGAACUGUAG